UGUUUAACCGGAGUCAUUCUGCUUAAGAAAUAUUUUGGGGUUAUGUUUAAAUGUUUGACACGUUUUCCAGUUUUUCAUAAACAAAUGACAAACAUGCAUGAAUUUAGUUGAAAACUAUGCAUAUAUUUUAUUUUAUUAUUUAAAAGUCUAAAAGUAAUGAAAAAUAAAUUUCAAUAGGAAAUUUAAUAUUUUCUUGUUAUUUUAAUUAUAAAGUGAAGUUUUUAAAAAAUUAAUAUGCAUUCAACUUACUCGAAAACAGAUGUCCUAGCAAUUCGCUACGUUGAUGAUUUUAUUUGCCUGGGAUUGGGUACAAUUUUGUACAUAAUUAACAAGUCUAAUUAUAAAGUGGAAACAAAAUUAAAUGUCCUUUAUCCUCAUAAAAUACACGGUAUCAAAAUAGCACCAGGCAAUAAAUUAAUUAUUUUUGGAGGAAAAAGUUUAAGAAUUUGCAAAUUAAUCAUUACCGGCAAUCAAAUAAAAAUUGAGAAUGUUUCGGAUAUUUAUUGUUUUACAGACUGGAUAAUUGCAGUCGAAUUUUUUAGAACUGAAGAUGAAAUAAAAUUGAUUAUUCUCUUUGCUCACAAUUAUUUAUAUAUUUGUGAUUUACUUAAUGAACAACACCGCAUUAUAUGGUGUGAGGAAAAAUGCAUUUUAUAUGGAGGAAGCAUUUUUCCUAAAAAUUGUGAAAACGCCGUUGUCUUCAGUGGGACCGUAUUUCAAGAAAUACUAAUAUGGCAAGUAAAUAUAAAUGAUUGUAAUGAUAUUAGAAUUUUACACCGAUUAAAGGGACACAAUGGUGUUGUAUUUUCUGUUUUCUACGAUCCACUCACAAAUAUUAUGUGUUCUACUUCGGACGAUAGAACAGUAAGAUUAUGGAGUAUUUACGACGAAAUGGGAAAUAUAAAUUCCAGUAACGUGGAAUGGAGCAAUGUUCAAGUAAAUCUUUUAGCCACAAUGUACGGUCACACUGCUCGAGUUUGGAGAGCAAUUAUAAAACAAAGUACAGUUGUGAGCAUUGGAGAAGAUUCGCAAAUUUGUCUCUGGUCUAUAAAUGGUAAAUUUUUAAAUAAAAUCCAAGCACAUAACGGUUCACCCAUUUGGUGCUUGGAUAUAUCAACUGACGACAGGAGAAUGAUAACGGGAGCAGCUGAUGGUUCUGUGUAUGUUUGGCCGUUUCCAUUCAUAAAUGAAGAGAAAAAAAAUUGUACAUUGGGCUCUGAAAUCAACAAAACUCCAAAAUUCACGUGCUUCCUUUCAGAUGGAACUAUUUUAGUUGUUCGUGACGACGGAGAGAUAAAUUUCUUUAAUUCAAUUACACACUGUUUAACUAAAUCAUUCAGUGUUUCCAAUUUAUCAUCAUAUUUAGUCAUUCAGUUAUCGCCGGAUCGAAAGCGAAUCUGUUUUGCAUCAAAAGAUGGUUUCAUUUCGAUUUACGAAAUAAAUAAUGAACAAGAAUUGACACAUCAAAUUAACGAGAAAAUUAUGGACAGUAAAAUAUUUUCCAUGCAGUGGCUGAGUAAUGAGUCAUUGUUAUUAUGCGGUUCUCUUGGACGUUUGAUUAUUGUCGAUGUUAAGUCCGAUGGGAAAGUGAAAAUACUAUAUGAAUAUAUUUUACCUGAAAGUCGAGAACGUUGGACGACUGCUGCAAUUUUAUAUGAAAAUCUAAUAAUCUGUGGAGACCGUAUAGGAAGUGUUUUUGUCUUCAAAAAAUCUCCCAAUGAUAAAGAUUUUCAAAAACCAUUGCAAACUUUUUAUAAAAUUCACGGCAAAUUGGGAAUUCAAAGCUGUUCAAUUAGAGCAAAUAAGUUGAUAACAGCCGGACGUGAUGGUCAUUUAAGAUUUUACGAAAUACGAAACGAAAAUGAUGAAUAUUUUUUGGAAUUGGAAUGUUCAAAAAAUAUGCCAAUGGAUUGGAUUAGUAGAAUUUUUGAAUUGCAAGACGAUCAAUUUGUGUUUGGUUUUAGUGAGAUUGAUUUUAUUGUCUAUAGUAUUUCCUUACGCAGAAUAUUAGUGAGAAUUCCUUGUGGUGGUGGUCAUAGAUCUUGGGAUUGUGUUAUCGAUGAAAAUAUUCUCAAAUUUCUCUUCAUUAAAGACAAACAAAUUCAUUUGCGAGUUUCUCCAUUUCAAAAACUGGCUCUAUGUCCUGUUGUGGAAGGAUAUCAUUCCAAGGAAAUUCUUUGUCUCGAAAAGAUAAAAACAUUAAGAAAUUCAUUUAUUUUCAUUUCUGGUGGUGAAGACUGUACUCUUCGUGUCAGUCGAGGUAUUCAACUAAUGCCAAACAAGGGAAUUGAAGACUUUCAAACUCUUAAUAUUAUUAAUGGACACAUUUCUAGUGUAAAAUGUUUGGCUAUUUUGAAUGUCGAAAAUACUGAAUCGUGUUGCAAGAAUUUAAUAUUCUCAGGAGGUGGAAGAGCCCAACUCAAAGUAUGGCAACUGAGUAUUAAAUUGGAGAAUGGAGAAUUUUUAAAAGAAAAUUUAAGUUGUAAAUUUGUCAAUUCGUUCAUGUUACGCGGCACUGACAAGGAAAGAAAAAAAUUGAGCAAAACUUUGAAAAACAAUUACGAUGUCGAUCCUGAAACUAGAUUUAUGGAUAUUAAUGUCCACUCACUUCUUGACGUUUCAAAUUCGAUUUUACUUUUUGUAGCCUGUUCCGACGGAUACCUCAGGGUACUUUCAUGGAGCGCCGAUUCAAAAUUUAAAGUUGAAAACACUCUUAAAUAUAAUCGUUGCAUUUUGAAAGUUCAUUCGUUUAUGAAUAAAAAUAAUUUAAUUGUUUUAACAAUGGCUACCGAUGGAAUUGUGAAUUUUUGGGAGUUUAGUUAUCUGCUUCCUAACAGUAAUCGGAAAGAGAUGAAUACGCCUUUUACACAAUGGAAAAUUCAUCAAUCAGGCAUUAAUAGUUUUGAUAUUAAACAAAUCAAUAGUCAUGAAUAUUUAUUUUCCACUGGAGGAGACGACAAUCUUAUCAGUCUCAUUUUAUUUCAAAUAAAUCUUCUUGAAAAUGGCGAUCUAUCAGCAAAAAUUUUAAUGAAUAAUAAUUCAUUCGAUUGUCAUUAUACACAAAUAACAGGUAUCAAAUUUUUUCAAGAAAACAAAUUAUGUAGUGUUGGUACAGAUCAGAAAGUAAUUAUUCAUCGAUAUUCUAUGGAAAAUGAUGCGUUAUUGUUAUUAAAAGAAAAUGAAAUAAUUACUUGCGUCUCUGACGUUCAAGGCAUUACUCUAUCGGAGUGUAAUGAUAAAAAAUUCCUGUUUCAGAGAUGGCAAUACAUUUAUAUGUACAUAUGGAAAAGGAUUUGAGUUUAUCUCUGAAAGUCGAUAAAUAUAUCAUUUUUAUCAUAAAAUGUAAAUACAUAUACAAGUUAAAACGAUAAUUUAUAAAAUAAUACAUUAAAUACAAGAAAAAUUUCUUAUUGAGUAGCAAAAUAUUCCUCAGAAAUUUUCACUGAAAAUUUGAAAAAAAAAAUUAAGACAGAACAAACAAGUAGUAAAAUAAAAGAGUAACAACAUAAUGUUUUUUUUAAGAAAGCACACGGAAAAAAAUAUUCUUGCAGAUUCUACAAAACUUUAAAUACAAUUUUGGAUACAAGCGAUAGUUUUGUCAAAUAUGUAAUUUCAUGGGUUUCACAAAUUAUUAUAUUUUGCUUCCUCUCCUCACGAGAAAGCUUUGUAUUCGUGACGAUUUUCGAUUUUAUAAAAAUUGGUUAUAUGGGCUUAUUUUUAUCUAGCAUGCAUAUAUUUGAAGUUUUAAACAAAUGUCCGGAUGUAUAUGAGGCAAAAUUCCUGAAAUGUCCGAACAAAAAAUUAAAAGUUCUCGAAUUUAAUCCAUACUUUUCUAAAAUGUUGUUAUUGUUGGUGAAAGUCUAAAAAUCAAUUAUUAUUGAAUUUAAUAAAAUAGUUUUUGAAUU